AUGACUAUAGUCUCAGACGAUCCCGCUUGGUGGCCGACCGUUAGUGCAAGUCUUUUUUUGAGCUAUUUUAUAGUUGCCGCCUUCAUGGGAAUAACAUAUGAUUGGGUACUUUCAGCACUUACACUUGGACAAGAGGUGGAACUGAUAUGGAGGCAACACUGGUCCCAAAUGACAGUCAUGUAUCUCGGUACGCGCUACCUUGGAAUCUUAUCUGCUGCCGUGUACAUGCUGGGGAGUGUGCCGACCAUUUUGCUGUCAGAUACAUGCCCUGUAGGAGUGGGUGUGGUUCCUUGCUACCUUAUUGGUUCACUAAUGGCUGCCGUGCUAUACUGCCACAGGUGCUUAAUUUCGUACAACGUAUGGAAUUGGACAGUUCAAGUGGCAUUUGUAAUGCUGAGGGUCAUCAUAGUCAUUCGGUUGUAUGCCAUGUAUCAGCGAUCCAGAAAAAUCCUGAUAUUUCUCGUUGUCACUGUCCUGGCUGUCAAUAUUUUUGACGGAGUGGCCACCGUAAUAACGACAAUGCAGGUUUCAGGGGAGGAAUUCAUUCUCUCCGGCACUUAUCAGUGCGAGGUUGACUAUCCGGAAGAUGUCCUACUUCUGAUGUCUGCCAAUUGGAUACUCACCACCGUGUGGGAGGUCCUCACACUAUGUCUCGCAAUCUGGAUUGCGGUAAAACACUUCCGUGAACUGCGACAACAUUCGGAAGGAGGAAUUUUCGAGGACUGUUUCAUGGUGUUGAUGAAAACUCACGUGGUUUACUUUGCGAGUUUUGUUGUUGUUUGUUGCUUCGAGCUCAUUGUUGAUUUCACUCCAACAUUAUUAACGACCAAUUCCCUGGGCGCUCAGAUUGUUGUUGGUUUGUUUCAGAUUUUCCAGGUCGUGCAGAUUUUUGUCCUGGGACCGCGCCUGAUACUUGGCAUUCGAGAAUAUCACGCUAAGCUCGUUGCCGAUGCCGACGCAGCGACUGUUAUGACCUCAAUCGCUUUCCAGGAGCGUGUGCAUAUAUCGACUGGCAGUGGUGUGUGA